UUCGGACAGGAGUGUUGGCGUUGUGGUUGUAAUGUGGUCGGACGCUCAGUGAGGGUGGAGCCUUGUUUCAGUUAGCGGACGGUUGUUUCCCGCAGCGUUAGCAGUAGCAUCCACGCUAACCAGGGAGCCACCAUGUAUCGUCCUAAGCCGACUCUGAAGGACCGACAGCACCUGUACAGGCUCAUCAUCAGCCAGCUGCUCCACGACGGAUACAACAGCAUCGCCAACAGCCUCAUCAAUGAGGUGAAGCCCCAGAGCGUGGUGUCGCCCUCCGAGCAGCUGAUGCAGCUGGCGAAGAUGGGGAUGGAGAACGACGACAGCGCCGUCCAGUAUGCUAUUGGCCGCUCAGAUACAGUGGCUCCGGGGGUCGGCAUUGAUCUGGAGUUUGAUGCAGAUGUGCAGACCAUGUCCCCGGAGGCCUCGGAGUACGAGACCUGCUACGUCACGUCCCAUAAGGGUCCUUGCCGCGUGGCCACAUACAGCCGGGACGGUCAGCUUAUCGCCACGGGGUCGGCGGACGCGUCCAUCAAGAUCCUGGACACAGAGCGCAUGCUGGCCAAAAGCGCCAUGCCCAUCGAGGUGAUGAUGAAUGAGACGGCGCAGCAAAACAUGGAGAAUCAUCCCGUCAUCCGUACGCUUUAUGAUCAUGUGGAUGAAGUCACCUGCCUGGCCUUCCACCCAAGCGAACAGAUCCUAGCAUCUGGCUCAAGAGACUACACCCUGAAACUGUUCGACUACUCCAAGCCCUCUGCCAAAAGAGCUUUUAAAUAUAUACAGGAAGCAGAAAUGCUGCGUUCAAUCUCCUUCCACCCCUCUGGAGACUUCUUGUUGGUGGGAACACAGCACCCCACACUGCGCCUCUAUGAUGUCAACACUUUCCAGUGCUUUGUCUCCUGUAACCCACUGGACCAGCACACAGACACCAUCAGCGGCGUCAGCUACAACCCCACUGCCAAUAGCUACGUCACCUGCAGCAAGGACGGGAGCAUCAAGCUGUGGGACGGUGUCUCCAACCGCUGCGUCAGCACCUUUGAGAAGGCUCACGAUGGAGCCGAGGUCUGCUCCGCCAUCUUCUCCAAGAAUUCCAAGUACAUCCUUUCCAGUGGAAAAGACUCGGUGUCCAAACUUUGGGAGAUCUCUACCGGUCGGACACUGGUCAAGUACACAGGGGCAGGACUCAGCGGCCGUCAGAUGCAUCGGACACAGGGCGUGUUCAACCAUACGGAGGACUACGUGCUGCUGCCUGAUGAGCGCACCAUCAGUCUCUGCUGCUGGGACUCUAGAACGGCAGAAAGGAAGAACCUGCUGUCUCUGGGCCACAACAACAUCGUCCGCUGCAUCGUCCACUCGCCCACUAACCCCGGCUUCAUGACCUGCAGUGACGACUUCAGGGCCCGCUUCUGGUACCGCCGGGCCACCACAGACUGAGCCUUCCCCCAAGCCCUCACUAACCUAGUGGCACCUCGCGGUUCUGUACCCAGCCAUUUAUUUCACUUUCAGUUCAUUUGAACCAGGGACGUAGUGUUGGCGGCCAGUUCUAAAGAAAAGCAGUAGUUGUAGUCGCUAAACCACAAGAGCAGAAAGCGUGGCCCUGCUUCCCUACCAGCUUCUGUGUUGGGAAACCGUUGAAUGAUCGUCACUUCAAACUGAGAACUGCUUUGGUAAUGCAGGCUGUGACUGUUCUCUUAAUGACCUGUUCAUUUGGCUCUCUGUCUCCUUUUCCAUUUUUUCAUCUUUUACUUCAUUUUUAUCUGUAAUGUAAUUUUGAUUUCUAAUAAAGUAAAUUGCAAAGAA